CUACUAAAAUAGUAGUGCAGUGACAACGUCCGUGCGGGAGGGAUGUGUUACUUUGCACUUUAUUUUUAAGUUUAAAAUUGUAUCGCUAGCUAUAGAUAGAACAAUAGUAACUUUACUUUUAAUGUUUUCAGUUUUUCAUCAUUACUUUAGCUCUAUAAGUUUAAAUAAUCAUAGUUUUAUCGAAAUAAACUCAAGAUUAGUUACCCAAAAGAGUAAAUAAAAGUGAACAUUAUUUUAAGCCUUUCUAGAGAUAAGGUGAACCGGUUACCGUAAGAAAAAAGACUUCGCCAAGGAAUUCAAGACUUAGACAAGGACGGAAGAUUAUCGCCAAGCACUUUAUGGUUAAGAAAUGUGCGCGGCAAUCGACAUGUUGGCGUCGGAGUCCUUCUAUGGGCACAGUCCGCCAGCCGGCUUCCUAUCAGACUACAGCAUACAAGCCCCCAGAAGACCUACAAAGCUCACUUCAAGAGGAUUCUCAGCACCAUGUUUAACACCACUAAAACCAGUGCAUUUGACUUUAAAAUCAGCGCCGCGGUCGUGUAUACGAAUACCGAAUGAGAAAAAAAAGAAGAAAGUGGUUUUCGCGGAUGAUAGGGGAUUUGCGCUUGAGCAUGUCAAGUUUAUGACUGAACCGUCUCAUGUUCCACCUUACUGGGCGCUGAGGAUAGUGUCCAGUCCACCUUCGGAGAGGAAACCGCCUCCAAAACCUGCUGAUUUAUGGGAGACGCGAUUCGUGCAGCCUGCGUCAGAUUACUUGGAGUUCCGCAGACGAAUCACCCAGGAUUGUGUGUCUUUAGAGAAUGUGAUAAUCAAACAAGAUGAGUGCGCUAUAGAUGGUACAGUUAAAGUGAAAAAUCUGGACUUUGCUAAAGAAGUAUUCGUACGAACGUCUUCAGACGGUUGGCUAACAAGCGAAGACACAUUUUGCGCUUUUGUUGAAAGUGGGCCUUUGAAUCAGAAUGGAGUAUCAGCUUAUGACACCUUUGGGUUCAGACUGCAGCUCCCAAUCCACUCUAGAAGACUAGAUUUCUGCGUCUGCUUCAAAUGUAAGGGCCAAGAAUUUUGGGACAGCAAUGGAGGUGCGAAUUACACGAUAGAAAAAUCCUCGGUUCGGAGUCAACCGGCGAUUUCUUGUGCCCGUAUUAAAUACGGUAACUCUUGGACUACAAGAUCAAAUGGGGAUGGAAAUGUGCCGUAUUGGUGAUUAAUGAAAGACUCUAAAUGAAUUAGUGAUCGAAAGCCGUUCAGGCUGGUGAUUUGUGCCAUAAAAUGGUUCCUAGAGAAAUUUGAAAGGUCUGUAUAUUAUUUUUUUCUGUCUAAAGCAGAUUAUGGUGAUUAACGUUUGUGUGUUGAAAGGUGAUUAAGGAAUUAAUCAGCUUUUUCCGGCGAUUUUUUGAUAAGAAAUUGUUGUAAAGCGAUUGGUUAUUUCCUAACCUUUUGUGGAUACAAGACGAUGUUGCUUUCAAAGCAUUUCUGUGCUAAUUGAUUGAUUUGUUAAUCAAGUGGUGAUUUAGUAACGUGGUGAUUAAUUACCUCCCCUAAUUUAAGAGUGUAGUUAGAUGGUGAUUAAUGAUUUAUCAUUACAUACCUAUAUUUUUAUAAUUUUAAUGGUAUGUUAAAUGAAAUAAAUAGCGUAUUUUUAUAUCUACGCUCAUUUUCUGUCUCGAUAUUGUCUAUCUCUUUCGUUUUAAGGUGCUCAGAAAGAGAAGGAAAGUAAUUUAGGUAGCUGAGAUAGAGUUUUAAACGAUUACAAGUUAAAUGACCUUUUGCAGUCACUAAAAUGUUUAUUAGUGGAACUUACCUCAUUUAAAUAAUGAAAUGUCAUAACUACAUAAUAGACAUUCAUAUUAUUUUCAUCGUUAUUUCCAUAGAAACAAGGAAUAGAAUUGCUUGUGUUGAUUACAUGUUAAAUUUAAACAGCUGGAUUUUCCAUACAGAUAAAAAUUAUUGGCAAUACAUAGUAUAUUUAAUUUUGUAUGUUAUUAUUAUAGUCGGUCAAGAGUCAGUAAGACUUAAUAAGGUUAUUAAUUUUAAGGAAAAAUGACCUAUAAAUUUCAAUCAACCUCGUUGACUAAUAUUGUAUAGUCACACACCUAACUUGAGUGAAAUUAUUAUUAAAUACUAGCAAACCCGGCGAACUCCGUUUCGCCACCAAUGAUUUUCCCUGUUUUCCUGCUUUUCUCUUAAAUUUUCUUUGCUAUAAACCUCACGGAGCCCGAGACCUUUCCAACGAAUGCAAAACCGUGGAAAUCGGUUCGUGCGUUCUGGAGUUAUAGCGUCAGGAAGGAAAACCCGAAUUAUAUUUAUAUUAUAGAUGGACUUGAAGUAAUAAAUAUAUUAGUCUUCACUCUAUGACAGACUGUAUACAGCUGUAAUAACAGCGCCUAGAAAGAUAGGUAUGUGACAUUAAUGUCUUCUCUAGUGUUUCAAGUGUCCAUGGGCGACAGCGAUUGCUUACCAUCAGGUGAUCCGUCUGCUCGUUUACCUAAAUCUUGAAUGCCAAUCUUUUAUCAUUAAUACUCAACCUAGCUUCAGUCGGAACGGUAAAAUCAGUUUUAAUAGCUAUUUAUUUUCGUACAAAACAGGUUUUGAAUAUCACGAAACUGCACAGUGAUAAGGCCACUUAGUUACAUAUGCAAAUUAAGAGUUUGGGUUAAUUAAAAUUGUGUAUAAUUAGUGGAAUCAAUUUGGCAUUUUAUUGUAAAAGGAACUGCCUUCAUAAUCGCAUAGAAGUGACGUUUUUUUUAGAAUUUCUAAAGUAGACAUUUCGGGGCACAGUCUCACUUUAGACCGCGGAGAAUCCACCACAGUUGGGGCUCAUUAGGGCUGAUGCUUGAUCCGGAGCUGCGGACUACCUACCCGGUUUACCGGGGCUCCGACUCGGAAAGCAGGAGUAGGAACGGGGUGGUUUAUAUCACACUUCACACUAAUAGAUAAAUGUGAAAGUUUGUUCAAAUGUUUGUCCAUCAAUUAUUAUCCUACGGGAUGGUGAAACUGCUGGCAGAAGCUAGUAUUUACUAAAUGCUUUGGAAAUCGGAAGAUAAACACAUAAUUAUUUAAGUAUACAAUACACUUUUAAAAUUAAUGAGUAUUCACUGUAAAUACUUGACUAGCGACCCGCCCCAGCUUCGCAUAAGAGCAUGUGUGACAUAUUAUUAUACUUGUAUUAUACAUAUAAACCUUCCUCUUGAAUCACUCUAUCUAUUAAAAAAAACGCAUCAAAAUCCAUUGCGUAGUUUUAAACAUUUAAGCUUACAAAGGGACAGAGAAAGCGUUUUGUUUUAUACUAUGUAGUGAUGUUAUGUGUUUCUAAACAUUCUUAAAUAGGUUUGUUCCACAAUAUUAUUCAUUUUAGUGACUGCAAAAACAUAAGAACUCAUGUUUACGUUAAACUGACAACCGCUUUAAAGAGGGUUGUCAAAAAUAAUGGCGCCAAUUUUGACAGCUGUCAAAAUAUAACCCGGAUUGGACGUUUUGUAAAGUUUGAUUGCAAUUUGUAAAUCAUUAUUAAUUAUUUAGUUAUUUAGAGAGGUGGAAAAGCUUUUUAUGUUUUGAUUGGGGCUCAGAAUUAAAUAAAUACCUAUUCUGUUUAUAACUGGCCCAAUAAAAUAUUUACAUCUUAUGCUUUAACUCUCUAAUCCGGAGCUGCUACCUACCUGGUUACCGGGGUCUAGCUCGAAAAUUAGGAGUAGGAACGGAGUAGUUUUUAGUCAGUAAGAGUCUGACACUCCCUCUCGCCUCGCUCAAGACGGGAGAAGUCAUUGGAUAAUUUACCUCCCUCAAAAAAGCUUCUGAGAAUAUUUAUUUUUCACAUUUCUCUAACAAUUGUAUAAGAAUAGUUAUCAUGAUAUAUUGUUAAAACAACAUAGAAACAACAGAUUAGAUAUGUAACGUUUACAAGUUUAUAAACAUCAAGUAAACUUGUUUAGUCUACAUUUUUCAGCCAUAUUGGAUAAAUACUUAUAUUGUUUGUGUAUUGCGAAUCAUUAUCUAAUCUGUUUGCUAAUAUUCUACAUUCUGAUUGUUAUAUUUAACAUUGCAAUCAAACUAAAAACAUAUAAAGGAUAUACAGCACCCUCAGUAUGAAUUUGCUUUACGUUUAAAGUAAUCGAAACGAGAGCGCGUUCGGCACUCUGAUUGUCAAAGUCAAAAUUAUUUAUUUCAAAUAGACCAGGAAGGCACUUCUGAACGUCAAAGCAAAUAUUACAAUAUUUAAAAAAAAUGUCUGUCUGUCGGUCAGUCCUCUAGUUGCUCUAUUUGCUCGUUCCAAAGUGUAGAUUCCUAUGGAGAAGAACGAGCAAGAAACUCCAUAGGUUAUUAUUUUUCAAUCAGAUUCACAAUACAAUACUUGGUUACAUUGUUUUGUUUGUUGUCAAAGUCAAUGUCAAAUCAUUUAUUCCAAUUAAACCAUAUACUUAUUUACAUACUUUUGAAACGCCAAUCGUCAUUGGUUAGUUUAUUCGAGCCGGCCAAUUAGAAUAUGAGAGUUACUGCCACACUCAGAGUCAGUUAAUGGUUACUUAACCCAGUCCUUAGUAAUUGUUUUCAAUACAAAAUCGUUACUAAGGAAUAGUUUAAGUAAUCAUUAAACGUCUCUGAGUGCGGCAGAUAGACUACUUUAAAUAGCGUAAAGCAAACUCAUACUAAGGGUACGGAAAAUACUCGAAAGUUCGCAAUAAUAAUUGUCAAAGUGACAGGUGUCAUUGUUGACAGGAAUGUACAAGGCUUUGAAUGGUUGUUGUGAAAAUGUCAUUUUACAAAUGCGUUUGGAUGUCUCGAAAAUGGUUUUAGAAGAAAUUGGUCGCUUUUAUUAAUAGGUUUUCAAACUUAUUUACAGAGAGAUAAAAUUGUAAAUAGAUUGUAUGUAUUCUCUGUUAACGAUUGAAUUUUAAUGUCAUCUAAGAUUGCCCUGGCGUAAAAUUGUUUGUAACCAUAUUAGUGUUAAAUAAAUAAAUAAUACAAAGUCUAUACAUAUAAGUUUUUAAACUGACAUGGUCACUAACACUAUCAUUAGAACUUGAGACGAGAAAUUUACCAUGUUUAUUUAUGCCUAUGAGUUUUUGAUAUUUCGGCACUGUUGCAAGCGCCAUGAUCACGGAUGAACUCAGUCAUCAAUGUAUUAUUAAAAUCUAUAGAAAUAAUAAAGAAACAAAACCGAAUUAUUUUCCACAAAAUAUAAUAAUUAUAGAGUAAAAAAGUUUACAAACUUUAAGCUCAAUAAUCAACCUCUGCUUACUCCUUAAAGGAAUUAAAGUAUGAUGGUUUAUCGAUUUUUUUUUAUUAAAUAAAUUAAUACACAAGUUCAUGCAACAGGUUUACUGAUAUUUUUUUUAAUCAACCAUUUUUUAAAUGAUGAAAAUGACAAGUGAACCAGUUGGCUCAAUCGGCGCUGGAAAAUAAAUUCGGUGGCGUUUCUUUUUUAUCUGUGUAAGGCGGGAUAAACAUCAAAGUCAAAGUCAAAUAUUUUUUUAUGUUACAGUGACAGUAAACGUAUGUGGAGAUUUGUAAAAUGACAUUUUCAUUCUUUUUUUUUAAUACUUACAUAAAAUUACUGAAAAAAAAUUAUGUAAGUCUCGAAAAGAAGAAAAAAUAUGAAAUAUUUUUCAGUAAAAUGGAACAACACGAAUUUACAUUUUAUUUUUGUAAAUGAAAUCUUCUAUAAUAAGCGGAAUAACCGCGAAUAGCGAUUUCAUUUUCAUAUAAAAUGAAAAUGGAUGUUGAAAUGAAAUAAAUAAUUUUGGAUGUUGGAUGUUCAUGUAUGAAAGUGGAUGACGCUUAAAAAGGUGUUCACAGGGUAGCUAAAUGAGAUAAUAAAUACUAUUAAAUGUUUAUUUCGAUAAAAUAAUAGUUCCAUGUUAUUAUAAUAAUAGUUCGUUUUAAUAAUAAUUGCCAAUAAUGCGAUUUUUUAGAUUAUAUUUUUGUUAUAAAAAAAGUCGCUCUGUAUAAUAUGUCUCGACCAUCGUGCCUAAUAUACUGGUGUAAUAAAUAAUACAUUUUGUUACAUUUUAAUUUUAUUAUUUUCUCUCUUAUAUUGUAAUUAUUAUUCCUAAAUAAUAUAUUGUAUAAUUUAUAUUAUUAUUCUCGUUUUAAUAAUUAUUAUUUCUACAUAAUAUCUCAGAAUAUCAGUGGUUUUAGCUCGACAGUUUUUAUCAUUAUAAUAGUAAUAUAUUAUUUCUUUUAUAUUAUUAUUAUUUUAAACUAAGAAAUGAUGAAUGUCAACUAAAAAUCAUGGUUUACUCACGUAUAUUAAUGGAGAAAAGCUUUGAAGUUUCAAGUCACAGAGGGACUCUUCAUCAUGAGCAGCGUGCGCAGACGAGUAGAGCUUUUCUCCAUUAAUGUACGUGAGUAAACCUUGAUUUUUAGUUAAUUUAGUAUGUCUCACGAUAGUUAUUAUAAAAAUAAUAAUGUUGUAUGCCAGUAAUUUAUUUAUGAAUGGUUACUAAGUAAAAUAAUAGUACUUUUUCUACCUUUCUUAUUACUGUAUAGUUUAAAAUAAGGUUGUAAAGAAUUUUUAAACGCAAGAACUGAUUAUUAAUGUUGUGUUUAAUAAUUAAAUUUAAGGAGUUUAUUUUUAAAUUUUAUUUGUUUUUUGUAUAAAAUUGUAUAGAAACUCACUAAAAGGCACGGAUGACAGAAUAUAUUUUUUUAUAAUAUAAUAAAAAAUAGUAUCGAUUUAUUAA